AUGGCUCCCAAAAAGACCGUGACUAAGUCUCCUCCUGCCACUCGCAAGCGGCAGCCUACCAAGAAUAACCUCAGGGAUGAGGACGUGAUGUUCCUCUGGAAGCUCGCGAAGCUGAACCAUAAGGAAGUAGGCAUCGCAGCUCUGGCUAAGGAGCUCAACCUGAACGUGGGUGCCGCUCGCAUGCGCUGGUCCCGGCUAAAAGUCAAACUUGAGGCCUUCGAGAAGAAGAUGAACGAGACUGCCGCUGCCACUGUCGCCUCUGCUGACACCAGCAUGGAGGACCUCGAUGACACCAAGGGGGCCAUAGACACUGAAGAGCUGGAAGGUGUCAACAGUGACGAGGGUGCGAAGUGA